CCAAGCCCCGCAGUGAAAGAGCGAGUGAGAGAGAGACACCACUCUCUGCUACUACUGCUAGUGCUGCUGUUCUUGUUGUUGUUGUUGUUCUUCUUCUUCUUCUUCUCUUCAGAUGUUACGAUCGGAGUGAUCGGCGUGCGAGGGUGUUGCUUUCUUGACGAUCUAUGAAAUCCAAGGCAAUGGAGGUUUCGAUCUGGAAAGGCAAAGGAAAAGCAUCCAACUCCCCAGCUCUGAAUGACCCAAACCAACGAUCGCCAGCCAAGAGCUUGAAGAUAACAGCAGCAGGCUCACAAGAAGAAGAGGAAGAAGAACAACAAAGAAAGCCAGGGAUGAUGAUGAACAACCAUAACCAUAACUAUAACCAUGCCCAGCAGCAUCAAAAGAAAGAACAAGACAUGACUGAUGAUCUCCCCUUCCCUCCAAUAAGAAGGUCCUCAUCAUCCUUCUACUCCCUCACUAUAGAUGAGAUUCAGAACGCUGUCUGUGAACCAGGCAAGCCCUUCGGCUCCAUGAACAUGGAUGAGCUCAUCGCCAGCAUCUGGAACGCCGAUGAUUAUCAACAGCUCUUGGCCACCUCCUCCGGUCCCGCUGCCGCUGGUAUCCAGAGCCAGAACACUCUCGCAGUCCCGGCUUCUCUCUCUCGCAAGACUGUUGAUGAGGUCUGGUCUGAGAUCCACCGCAACGGAGAGCCAUCUGACAACCUCAACCGGCCCAAUUCUGCUAAUAAUCCUCCUCGCCAGCAAACACUCGGCGAGAUGACACUCGAGGACUUCUUGAUCAAAGCCGGGGUGGUUUGCGAUCCUUUCAGAGCUCCGAUGCAGCACUAUGCAGUGGUGAGUUUCUCAACAGGGAGUUCUGAAGCUCAUGGGGCUUAUGGUGGAGGGAUGAUGGUUGGUGGUGAGAAUGAGUGUAGUGGUGGUUUAGGCUCGCCAGCGAGCUCGGUGUCUCCAGAUAUGAUGGCAGUUGAGCAUUCAGAAGCUGAUCAGAAGGUUUGGGGUUUGGGAGGCUGCAGGAAGAGGGCCGCUGAUGAUGCCGUUGCAGUUGAGAAGGUGGCCGAGAGGCGGCAGCGUCGCAUGAUCAAGAACCGGGAGUCAGCGGCCAGGUCUCGUGCUAGGAAGCAGGCCUACACUGUGGAACUGGAGCUAGAGCUCAAUCAGCUCAAAGGGGAGAAUGCAAGGCUGAGAGAAGAAGAGAAGAGGUCGCUGGAACUCAAGAAGCAGCUGGUUAUUGAGAUCAUGGAGAAUCAAGCGGAGAACAAUGCAGCUAGGAAGAAGGACCGGACUCUGCGCCAGUGCAACAGUUGCCGUUGGUGAUGCACUUGCUUUAGUCUUAUGUUGCUGAUAUAGUUGAUAUGAAGACUUAAUUAGGCUUUCAAAACCAUUUGGUUGGGUUGGGAACUUGGGAUGGUAUACUCAUUCAUACCGUACUAUUUAGAGUUGCUCUCAUGCAUCUGUCCAUAGUUACCUUGUCUCCUGUGGAAAUCGUUGCUUGUUAAUUUUAGUUAAUUAGUAUUUAUAUCUAUAAAACCCUUUGUUUUGUAUUAAGCUCUACCAAGGGCUGUUCAAACUUAAAUGAAUGCAUAAUGAUGUUAA